AAAUACCAAACACCAACUUCCAUUUUCUCGCCGGCUGGACUAACAUGGCGGCGUAUGGAGACCACAACAACUAUUUUGUGAGAGAAAUUGAGAAACACGACGGCUCCGUCUUGAAGGUUAAUCAGUGUCAUAUGGGGGACGUUGGUUGCGUGGUUUGGGAUGCCGCCAUUGUUCUUGCUAAGUAUUUAGAGACGAAACUAUUUCACGAUCCAUCUUUAGGAGUCAACUUGUGGGCUGGUCGAAGAGUGGUGGAGUUAGGAGCAGGCACUGGGGUGGUGGGAUUGAUGGCAGCAACACUCGGCGCUCAUGUUAGUGUGACAGACUUGGAGGAUCUACAGAGCCUCCUGAACAUCAACAUCCAAGACAACCACACACUCAUCCAUAAUGGAUCCAUCACUGCCAAGGUACUAAAAUGGGGUGAGGAUGUAUCUGAUUUCCUGCCGUUUCCUGACUAUGUCCUUCUGGCAGAUUGCAUUUAUUACGAGCAGUCGAUUGCUCCAUUGACAGAGACCUUGAAACUGCUUGCUGGACCAGAGACCUGCAUCAUCUGUUGCUACGAGCAACGCACUGAGGGCAUCAACCCAAAAGUGGAAAGGCAGUUUUUUGAGUUGCUGCAACAAAGUUUCCAUUGGGAAGAAAUCCCUUUGAGCAAACAAGACCAAGAGUUUAGUAGUCCAGACAUCCACAUUCUGCACAUCCAAAAAAAUAAAAACUUGUAAGAUGACAUUUGUGUAUGAAUGAAAAAUCAAGUAGAUUUCAGUAAAUAGCUAAUUAUUUGGGUGCUGUGUUUAACAUAUUUUAUAAUUAUCUGCAAGAUGAUAAUGAUAAAUAAUAAGUGGGGAUAGGUUGAUUGGCAACACAAAAAAUUGUCCCUAGUGUGUGAAUGUGAGUGUGAAUGUUUGUCUAUCUGUGUUGGCCCUGUGAUGAGGUGGCGACUUGUCCAGGGUGUACCCCGCCUUCCGCCCGAAUGCAGCUGAGAUAGGCUCCAGCACCCUUCGCGACCUCGAAAGGGACAAGCGGUAGAAAAUAGAUGGAUGUAAGUCAUGUGAGGGCAGCACGGUGGAAGAGGGGUUAGUGCGUCUGCCUCACAAUACGAAGGUCCUGAGUAGUCGUGAGUUCAAUCCCGGCCUCAGGAUCUUUCUGUGUGGAGUUUGCAUGUUCUCCCCGUGACUGCGUGGGUUCCCUCCGGGUACUCCGGCUUCCUCCCACCUCCAAAAACAUGCACCUGGGGAUAGGUUGAUUGGCAACACUAAAUUGUCCCGAGUGUGUAAAUGUGAGUGUGAAUGCUGUCUGUCUAUCUGUGUUGGCCCUGUGAUGAGGUGGCGACUUGUCCAGGGUGUACCCCGCCUUCCGCCCGAAUGCAGCUGAGAUAGGCACCAGCGACCUCGAAAGGGACAAGUGGUAGAAAAUUGAUGGAUGGAAGUCAUGUGAGUGUUUUCCACUACAGUCAAAGCAUUGCCUGGUUUGAACACAUGGGGGUGCUAAAGGCCACAAAAAUACAACGGGGUAUAUUUUUGUUAUUUGAAUGCUUGCAAUAAACUGCAAUUUUAUGACUCAGA